AUGACACAACCAACACCACCCCUCUUCACGAUCCCCAUCCCUCCCCUAGGCCCGCACCCAGGCGGCACCAUCGUCGCCACUGAGCCCGCGCCCGCCGUCUACCUCCUGACCAUCACCUCGCCGCCCGACAACCGGCUCACAACCGCGUCAUGCACCGCCCUGCUCGACGCCCUCGACAUGAUCCAGUGUGGCGGGUACCCGCCGGGCGUCCUAGUGACCACGAGCGGCGUGCCCAAGUUCUACUCCAACGGCCUUGAUUUGGAACAUGCCCUUUCCACCGAGGGGUUCCUGCCGGGUGUGCUGUUUAGGUUGUUUCAUCGAUUGUUGACAUACCCCAUGCCCACAAUCGCCCUCUUACCGGGCCACGCCUUUGCCGCGGGUCUCAUGCUCGCCAUGCACCACGAUUAUCGCGUCAUGUCCCCCUCCAAAGGCUACGCGUGCGUGAAUGAGCUUGAUUUCGGCGUUCCCCUGAAACCGGCCAUGAGCAGCAUCUUCCGGAUCAAACUCUCACCCCAGACCUAUCGGACGUUGGUCCUCGAGGCGCACCGGUUUGGUGGGGCUGCUGCUGUUGAGGCGGGCAUUGUAGACCGGUUGGGGGGGCUUGAUGAGGUGUUGAAGCUGGUCGAGGAGAGGAAGUUGAUGACCAAGGGUAAGACGGGUAUUUAUGGGCUGCUCAAGGCCGAGAUGUACCGCGAGAGCUUAGCGCUGCUGAGUGCCGAGGGCCAUGCGGAUGGGGAGAAGAGGGAGAGGGAGCUGGUUGCGGCUGAGGAGAGGCGCAGGGAGGAAGGGGAACGGAGGGUGCAGGGGUUGAGGGAACAGGAGAAGGCGAAGUUGUAG